AUGGCAGACGUUACUGACGCCAGUGGUGUUUUCGACCUAGAGCUGCAUGAGGAGGAAAACCCUCGAGAUUCAGACGAUGACAGGAUCGAGUUGGAUGAUGUCGAUUUAGAACCCGAAUUAAGUAUAAACAAUAUCCAAGAAGAAGUUGAAGGACAGGAAACUAUACAGUUGUCAGAGGAAACUGUAAAUCCCGGUAAAAUAAAGCUAGGUCCCAAAGAUUUUGAGUUAAAGAAGGUACUAGGUAAAGGUGGUUACGGCAAAGUUUUUCAGGUGCGUAAAACUGCGGGCAGAGACGCCAACAAAUACUUCGCCAUGAAAGUUCUUAAAAAAGCCUCAAUAGUCACAAAUCAAAAAGAUACAGCGCAUACUAGAGCUGAAAGAAAUAUAUUAGAAGCUGUAAAGCAUCCAUUCAUCGUUGAGCUUGUAUAUGCGUUCCAAACUGAUGGAAAGUUAUAUUUAAUUUUGGAAUAUUUAAGUGGUGGUGAAUUAUUUAUGCAUUUAGAGCGAGAAGGCAUAUUUUUGGAGGAUACAACAUGCUUUUAUCUAAGUGAAAUUAUACUAGCUUUGGGACAUUUACACAAAUUGGGCAUUAUUUAUCGCGAUUUGAAGCCAGAAAACAUCCUCUUGGACGCACAAGGACACGUAAAAUUAACUGAUUUCGGUUUGUGUAAAGAGCACAUUCAAGAAGGUAUCGUUACGCACACGUUUUGUGGCACAAUAGAGUACAUGGCACCUGAAAUCCUAACUCGUAAUGGCCACGGAAAAGCAGUUGAUUGGUGGUCGUUGGGUGCAUUAAUGUUCGAUAUGUUAACAGGCAUGCCACCAUUUACUGCUGAAAACAGAAAGAAAACCAUCGAAACGAUUUUAAAAGCUAAACUAGUUCUACCUGCCUACCUCACGCCCGAAGCUAGAGAUUUAGUGCGUCGUUUGAUGAAACGCCAAGUGCCACAAAGACUGGGUAGUGGUCCGGAAGAUGCGGCCGCCGUACAGUCACAUCCAUUCUUUAAACAUGUUAAUUGGGAUGAUGUAUUGGCCCGGCGGCUGGAGCCACCAAUCAAACCCAUAUUGCGAAGUGAGGAUGAUGUGUCUCAAUUCGAUACAAGAUUUACAAGACAAAUACCAGUUGACUCUCCAGAUGAUACAACGCUUAGCGAGAGUGCAAACUUAAUAUUUCAAGGUUUCACAUACGUAGCACCUUCAAUUUUAGAGGACAUGCAACGCGCGAAUCGCAUGCCAGCACGAUCACCAAGACGUACACCAAGACAGCAUCACGAAGGAUCAUACCGUAUGCAAUUUCCACCACAACGCGGCAUUUAUCCACGAGCCACGCCACCACAUUUACAAGCUUUUCCGCCACGCCCAUCGCCCCAAGACGAAAUGAUGGAUGUACAGGGUGUGCCUAUUGUGUAGUUAAAGGCGGACGGCAACUGCAAACCCACAUUGGCAACAGCCAGUGCAAGAGCAAAAACAAACACGCGGCCGAGGAAUAUUAAUGAUGGUGGUAGUAGUGCGAAGGAGAAUUAAAUGAAUCACUAUAAGCAGAGAAAAUUGAAACUGAUUAUGAAACUACAAACAAACAAACAAACAGCAGCAAACAAUUUUUUUUAUAAAACUAUAGAAAUAUGUUGCUUAAGAUUAUUUAUACAAAUACAACUACAAACGUUGAUGAAACUCAAAAGUAACAAUGUAUAAUAACGAGAUGUAGCGAAGAUCUUUUGGAAUCAAAAUGAUUAAGCCCAGAAACCCAAACACGUAAAAACGAGUAAAACAAUGAAAACUAAUACCAACAAGUAAACUGAACGAGAGAUGUCGACACAGAAGUAUUGUCGGCUGUCGGCUUAGCAGUUUAAUUUCAUUUGUGCGCGUAUACAACAAAUAGUUAAUAGAUUUAGUAUAAAAAAAGAAAAAAGUGAGAACAACAGCGAUUAAGGCUAAUAUUAUGGAAUCUAAUUAUUAAAUACAUAUAUAAAUAGAUAUAACUCAAUUGCAACAGAAACGAAAAUAUGCAAGUGAAAAGAAUUAGCUCGUACCAUAAAAGAAUGAUUGUAACGAAUAAGAAAAACAUACAUACAUAUAGUCAAACUUUCGUGCAACGCCUAAUUUGUCGCCGCAUCGCUCGUUGUUGCCUACCGGGAUGCGGUUUUGCGCUUUUUAGCAAUUCCGCCCACGUAAUCAUGUAUCGCUUUUUAUUAUUGCAUAUUAUUAAGACAUGUAAAUACACAAAUAUUUCAAACAAAAUGAGAUAGCCAACUCUUCUGUCAACUCCAAUGCUAUCAGUCAUAUUGUUGCUGGUACUAGAGGACAAAAACCACAUACAUAUAUACAAUUAGGGGGCAACAACCAACAAAGAUAGUGGUUGGUUAUUGUUGUAGUGAUGAAAAUAGGCGUACAAUUUAUGUUCAGUCCCCUUUACUUAGUUCAAUUUAGUUUAUAUAAAUGUAUAUUGAAAAGGAAUGUAAACCGUUAGUCAACAUAAUAAUAAACUAUUGUUAUAAUAAUGAAAUCUAUGUGGGAAUUUAAGCUUGCAAUAUGUGCACAUGCUACUAAUUCAGAUAUGAAAGUGCCACAAAUGUAAAAAAUUAUAAUAAAAACUUAAAUAUUUAAGUAAAUAAUUGAACACUAUUGAGUUUGUCACACUGUGGUCGUCAUGGAAACUUAUAGCAAAAACAAAAAUAAAACGACACGGUGUAUGUGCAUACAUAAAUGGUCGCUCUUAACCGAAGUGACCGGUAUUUAAUUGAGAGUUUAGAAUAACUUCUCAUACGUUUUUUUCUUUUUAAAGAUUUUUAUCAUUGUUUUUAUUGAAAGUUUGCUUGAGUUAAAAAUUUUUAAGAAAUGGAAUAAACAAAAUAGUUUGUUUUUAACACGUUCGCGGACGUGAAUGCUAUAGCAUUCAUUUUCAAACUGAUGCAAAAUGACGUGAAUGCUAUAGCAUUCAAAUUUUAAAGCCAAUUUUUAUUCAUUUAAUUUUAUACAAUCUUAAGUUUUUGUAAUUAAUACACAUUUCAAAAUAAUGACCAAUUGGUUCAUUAGAUACUUUCAUAUUAUUUUAUCUUUUCUCCGUGUAUUUACAAAUUUCCUCACGUCAUUCUGGUUGAAAAAUAUUUUCUAUAUCGUCGUGGAUGCUAUAGCAUUCAUUGUAUAUAACGGUUAAAAUACGAUCUUCUGACUACUCUUAUAAUAUAUGUCCAAUUAGAUUUCGGUUAUUACAACUAGUUUCAAAAAUAAUUGCCUGUAUAUUUUUGCAGCUCCCUAAAAUUUUUUGCGUCCGCGAACGUGUUAAAAAAGCUAAUUCAUUGAGUUCAUUCUCAGUAAUAGUAAGUAAUAAACAUAUUUUUUAUGGUUAUUUACUUUUUAUGCGGAAAAAAACUUCAAAAAUUUGUAAUGAACACAUAAAUGUUUUUUUUAAUCUUGCUUACGUUUUGUUGUUUGGUAAUUAAACCAUUUAUUUUGAAGUGUCAUAACUCAAAAUCGAUCUUAUAUUAAGUUAUUUUAACAUAUACUUAUAAUUCCUCGCAACAACAAAUGGAAAAUAUACAAAAUGCUAGCUACAUUUUUCCACACUUCAUGUUUUCACAUUUAUCUAGUAUAAUUUACACAUUGAUUCAAAUUUUUUUUUGUUGAAUAUGGUAGAUUUUGAAUUAAGCCGCCAGUUCACUUAUUAACCGAAAGCUAUGUGUCUGCUACAAACCUGCGUUGCAAUGUUAAAACAGAAUAAUUCAUAUCAAAAAUGAUAUAAUUUAUUAGUUUGUCCUUAACUCGGCCAAACAUUGGGUUCAUCUGAAUUAUGUAAAAUGGAUCUUUUUUGAAAUUUUAAAUAUUUGUAGACAUUUGGGCAAUUUUUUUUGUUAAAUUGUGAGGGAUAUUUUUAUUCAAAAAAUUUGCAGAAGGGAAACGAAAACGAGUUAUUGUUGCCACAGCCGUUACAUAUUUCUCUUAAUAUUAAUGUUCCGAAAUUUUUAUUUCAUAUAUUUUUUUUAGUAUUUUCUAAAAUACCUGUAUAUAUUGACAGACGUACAUGUGCAUGUUUAUAAAAUUAUAAUCAUCUGCAAAUAUGUCAGCGAAAUGUCAUAUAUACUACAUAAUUUUUCUUCCAACUGUUUGUAGG